AUGGAGUCGAGUAAGAUUAUAACAGCAAAAAACGGAAACGGGGACGUGUUGGCGGCGGAGGCGGACCCAUUGAAGUGGAAGGCGGCGGCGGAGUCGUUGAAGGGGAGCCAUUUUGAGGAAGUGAAGAGGAUGGUGAGGGAUUACCGGAAGGCGGUGGUGAGAGUGGGUGGGGAGACAUUGACGGUGGGGGAGGUGGUGGCGGUGGCGGAGAGGCGGGUGACGGUGGAGCUGAACGAGGCGGCGAGGUUGGGAGUGAAGGCCAGCAGUGAGUGGGUGAUGGAUAGUGUGCACAAAGGAAUUGAUUGUUAUGGGGUCACUACUGGUUUUGGUGCAACCUCCCACAGAAGAACCACACAGGGUGUUGCCCUUCAAACCGAACUCAUAAGGUUUUUGAAUGCUGGAAUUUUUGGGAAUGGGAAAGAAGCAAACCAUACUUUGCCACACAGUGCAACAAGAGCUGCAAUGCUGGUAAGAAUCAAUACCCUCCUUCAAGGCUACUCUGGCAUCAGAUAUGAGAUACUAGAAGCCAUUGCAAAACUGCUCAAUCACAACAUCACACCAAGCUUGCCAUUGCGUGGUUCAAUUUCAGCCUCAGGUGACUUGGUUCCAUUUUCAUACAUAGCUGGAAUCCUGACAGGGAGGCCUAAUUCAAAGGCUAUUGGGCCCAAUGGUGAGUCCCUAAGUGCUGCAGAAGCUUUCCAUCUAGCUGGUAUUGGUGAGGGCUGCUUUAAGUUGCAACCUAAGGAGGGUCUAGCACUUGUGAAUGGAACUGGGGUUGGAGCUGGUUUGGCUUCUAUAGUUGUGUUUGAUGCCAACAUCUUAACCAUCUUAUCUGAAGUCAUGUCUGCUAUUUUUGCUGAAGUCAUGCAAGGGAAGCCAGAGUUCACAGACCAUUUGACUCACAAAUUGAAGCACCAUCCUGGCCAGAUUGAAGCUGCAGCUAUUAUGGAACAUAUCUUGCAUGGAAGUGCUUAUGUUAAAGAGGCUCAAAAGUUACAUGAUAUAGACCCCUUCCAAAAGCCUAAGCAAGAUAGAUAUGCUCUUCGGACUUCACCACAAUGGUUAGGUCCUCAAAUUGAAGUGAUUCGGUUAUCAACAAAGUCCAUUGAAAGGGAGAUCAACUCUGUGAAUGAUAACCCUUUGAUUGAUGUAUCAAGGAACAAAGCUUUACAUGGUGGCAAUUUUCAGGGUACCCCAGUUGGGGUUUCAAUGGACAACACAAGGUUAGCUUUGGCUGCCAUUGGAAAACUCCUUUUUGCUCAAAUGUCUGAGUUGGUUAAUGAUUUCUACAACAAUGGUUUGCCUUCAAAUCUCUCGGGGGGUCACUGUCCAAGCUUGGAUUAUGGAUUUAAGGGUGGUGAGAUAGCAAUGGCUUCAUAUUGUUCUGAGCUUCAGUAUCUAGCAAACCCUGUUACAAAUCAUGUGCAAAGUGCAGAACAACACAAUCAAGACGUGAAUUCAUUGGGACUUAUCUCUGCUAGGAAAACAGCUGAAGCUGUUGAAAUAUUAAAGCUCAUGGUUUCAACCUACUUGAUUGCUCUUUGUCAAGCAAUAGAUUUGAGGCAUUUGGAGGAGAACCUAAAGAAAACAGUUAAGAAUACGGUGAGCCAAGUGGCUAAAAAAGUCCUGAACCUAAAUGGGGAGCUUCAUCAGUCCAGGUCUUGUGAGAAAGAUUUGCUCAAAGUGGUUGAUAGUGAGUAUGUUUUUGCCUACAUUGAUGACCCUUGUAAUGCUACAUACCCACUGAUGCAAAAACUAAGGCAAGUGCUAGUGGAACAUGCAUUGCUGAUUAAUAAUGGUUUGAAAAGUAUAAAUGCUUCCAUCUUCAUGAAGAUUGGUGCUUUUGAGGAGGAACUGAAGAAAGUCUUGCCAAAAAAUGUUGAAACUUCAAGGAAUGCCUUUGAAAAUGGGACUUCAACAUGUCCUAACAAAAUUAAGGGAUGCAGGUCCUAUCCAUUGUAUAAGUUUGUCAGAGAGGAAUUGGGGACAUAUCUUCUAACAGGAGAAAAAGUUAAGUCCCCCGGAGAGGAUUUUGAUAAAGUAUUUAAUGCAAUUACGCAGGGAAAGAUAAUAGACCCAAUGUUAGAAUGCCUCGAGGAUUGGGAUGGUACUCCUCUUCCUAUAUCCUCGUAG